AUGGAUUUCUUGUCACCUCCCUCGCCCGCCACAACAUCUCCGCUCAGCCCAGAUGAGGAGAAGCUCCUUGCCAAACUGGAGGCGCAGAACAGGCUGCUGGAAACUGACAGUAAGUCCCUGUACUCUGUCAGUGGUGUUCUGCACAGCCCAUCUGCCCCAAAGGUCUUCAGCUUUGAGGAGGAGUCCUGGAAUAUCUGGGGGUACAUUGUGAAGGAGUGGGAUGACUGGAGCAAAAGAAAAGUUAAACAGCUCAAGGAAAUGGUGAGGAGAGGGAUUCCCCACCACUUCCGCUCCGUGGCGUGGCAGCUGCUGUGUAAUUCCCAGAACGCGCCCGUCCGGAAACAGUACAGCCAGCUCCUGAAGAUGUCCUCACCCUAUGAGAAAGUCAUCCGCAGAGAGUUAACCAAAACGCUCUCACAUCACACUGUCUUUCAGGGCCAGGACGGGCUGUGUCAGAAGCCACUCUUCAAUGUUAUAAAGGCUUACUCCAUUUUGGACAAAGAAAUUGGCUACAGCCAGAAGUGUACAUUCAUAGUAGGACUAUUACUUACACAGAUGCCAGAAGAGGAGGCCUUUAGUGUGUUUGUCAUGCUGAUGCAGGAAUUCAGACUGAGGGAACUAUACAAGUCCAAUAUGACUGCACUGGGCCUGUGUGUUUACCAGUUUGAGGGCAUGGUACAGGAAGACCUUCCAGAGCUCCACUCUCAUUUCCAGGCUCAGGGUUUCCAGACGGCCAUGUACAGCGCAGACUGGUUCCUUACACUCUUCCUCUCCUCCUUCCCUCUGUCCCUCGCUCUGAGGGUCUUUGACAUUUUCUUGUGUGAGGGUUUGGAGAUAGUGUUCCGUGUGGGGAUGGCCAUCCUGCAAAUGAACCAAGAGAAGCUCAUGAACCUUGACCUGGAGGGACUGACACGGUAUCUGCAGAAUGAUGCCCCCCAUCAGUUUGUCAGUGAUCCAGAGAGGUUGAUUGCCGCUGCCUAUCAAGUGAAGUACAACCCCAAGAAAUUAAAGAAACUUGAAAGAGAUUACACUACCAUAAAAAUGAAGGAGCAAGAGGAUCAAGAGGAAAUAAGGAGGCUACGGUCAGAGAACAGGCUUUUGAGACAAAAGAUUGAGACACUGGAGAAGGUCAGUACACAGAGAACAAAAUACUCUGAGGACCUUGUGGUGCAAAUGGAACAAGAACUGAUGCAAGUCAGGCUGAACGAAGCAGCGUGUCAGUGCGCUUUAAAGCAAAUGCAAGCCGAGAUCCUCCACCUGGAGAAAAGCAACACGGUCCAUUCAGAUGAGAACAGUGUGACACACUUACAGGAGCAGCUGAUCAGUGGAAGACUUAGGGAGGCAGAGUCCCUGACAGAACUGAAGGAACUUAGACAGCACAUCAAAGACCUGGACGAGCAAUGGCAGAGGCGGCAGAUUGACCAGUGGCGGGUAACUGGUGCGAAGGGCAGUGUUGAGAGUGAACUUCAGAAUGAAGUGAUGACUGCCAGGUUGGGAGAGACACACACCCAAGCCCUGCUCAGAGAGAGCCGUCACAGACUGCUCCAGCUGGAGACUCAGAAGCAAAUUUACGAGAAGCAGCUGAGGCGGGUGGAGCAGGAAAACUGCCACCAGGGGGAGCUUGUGCAAAGGAUGACUGCACAGAACCAACACCUGCGAGAGCAACUACAGGGAAAUAGACAGGAGGGGCAAGACAGUGAGACUAAGACCAAAGACGUGAUGCAUCAAGAAGAAGCAGAUAACAUGACCACCAUCACAAAACUGCAGAGGAAGAUCACAGAGCUGCAGGCCGAAGUAUGA